AUGCUGAGCAUCAACGUCAAAGCAUUGCUUCUGUAUCUUCUACCAAACAUAACAAGGGCCUCUACCCUCUACCCGACAGCCAAAACAACCAACGGAACCCUCACUGGAAUACACAACCCAGACUACAACCAAGACUUCUUCCUCGGCAUCCCCUAUGCCCAACCCCCAACCGGGCCCCUCCGCUACCGCCGCCCUGCGCCUCUUACCCAUCCCUUAGGACAGUUCGAUGCAAACAAUUAUGGACCAGGAUGCAUUUCCACUUCCAUAAACCUACCUGUAUUCUCACAAACCUCGCCAUCCUAUCUCGAAAGCGAAGAUUGCCUAACGCUCAAUGUCGUCCGACCCGCUGGUCUCAACGAAGGCGCUAAACUUCCCGUUUUACUCUUCAUCCACGGCGGUGGUUUCCAAGAAGGCAGUGGUGGGGAUCAACGCUAUAACAUGUCUUUCCUGGGGCAAGAAUCAGUCACAGUCGGCGCGCCCAUCAUCGGCGUCACGAUUAACUACCGGCUAUCUGGUUUCGGGUUUCUGCCCGGUAGUGCGGUACUGGAGUCCAACGUCGCGAAUCUAGGUCUGCACGAUCAAAGACUGGCGCUUUGGUGGGUGAGGGAGAAUAUUGCUGCGUUUGGUGGAGAUGCGGAAAAGGUUACUAUUCAGGGAGAGUCGGCGGGUGCGAUGUCAGUUGGACAUCAUCUUGUUGCGUAUGGGGGACGCGAUGAGGGUCUUUUUCGCGCCGCGAUUGUGCAGAGUGGUGGACCGGCGGUUGAUGCGAGGGGGAUGUCGGUGCGAAAUCAGGACAUCUUUUUCGACAACUUGCUCAGACAGACUGAUUGUAUGCUCGAGGAGGACACGCUCGACUGCCUGAGAAGUCUACCCGCCGAGGCGCUCAAAGCCGUUUCCCAACAUCAAUCUUUGAUCCCAGUUCAGGACGGCGAGUUCUUUAACGGAAACUCGCGGAUGGCUCUGAAGCAGGGCAGAUUUGUACGGGUACCUAUACUUGCUGGUGCGAACACGAAUGAGGGUACUUCUCUCACCAUAAGUCAGGGUUUGAAAGGUAUAAGUGACCCCACCCAGUUCCGGGCAGUCGUUGCGGGAUGGUUAGGUUCUAGCAUAGCCAGCACAACGGUGGAUAGAAUCGCUGCUGAAUACCUCGAGCGGAUGUCGCCUGCAGAUCUACAGAAUUCCCUCGGCACUGUGCUGCCAUCAUUCCGCCCAGAGUACGGCAGUCUCUACGGAAGGACUACCUUGUUCGUAGGCGAUCAUAUCUUCAUUGCUGCAAGACGCUUCGCCACAGAGACGUGGGCUGAAUAUGGCGUUCCUGCUUACAGCUACCGUUUCGACACCGUGGGGAGCGGUGUUUCGGCCGAGACUCUAGGCGCCGCUCACUACACGGAGAUUCCGUUCGUGUUUGGCAAUGUCGAUGGUGUUGGACAUGAAGUCAACUUUCUUGCUUCCAACUCUACGGAAGAACGCGACGACUUCGUCAGGCUCAGUAAGCGCAUGUGCAGGAUGUGGUUGAGCUUUGUUAACGAGCUCUCGCCUAAUGCUCAUUAUGCUCUGGACUCUAGCACAACCUGGCCUGUGUACACAAAAGAGAGCGCAAGGAAUAUGCUCUUCAGAAAAGGCGGCAUCAGUCUGGAAGAAGACACUUGGAGGGCGAGUGCGAUUAGUCGGAUGAACAGCGCUGCCAUCGGUUUGGAAGCCUAG